CCCGCGCCUUCCAUCGCUCAUCGCUGCUUCGAACUUAUCGAGCGGAUUCCCAUCGAGCUUCGCGGGGGAAAAUGAUUGCUUGAUCGACUUGAUCAAGACGCUUGUAGUUGAAGUAGAGUUGAAGAGAUGGGCCCCUUGGAGACGGGCUGGCUUCCAUUUUCGCACUAGUGCGCUUUCAAGACCAUGCACGCGCCGCCUGCGGCCCGUCCAUCUGUCAUCAUUGUCAACAGUCACCAGCACACGCGCCCAGGACGAGCCUUUGUGAGAUUCUGGGCAAGUGAAGGUAGUACGCCUGAACUUGUGUUCGCAGCCAUGAAUCCGUGAUUCUUGCUUACGAUAUCUUCCAACUCGUUUUUGUUUUUCACGUCGUGUUGAUGGACUAUUGUAAGACAUUCCGGUAAGGCAAGUCUUCUGUUCGGCUUCGUGGUGAGAUCGUCGUACUUGAUUGUGCUUUCCCUUGGUCGUGUCACCAAGGGCGUCGUAUCGCUUGCCACAUCCGUGCAGUGCCUUAUUGACUUCGGGGGGAGAAAGAGGUUGGCAGCAUACGGCGGUACCUAGCGUUAGAAGCGCCGUCGCAGUAGUGAGGGCUAUUCCUGGGCAAAGCGAUCUACUGCUAGGGUAUGGCACGCGAGAAACAAACGGCAAUGGCCAAUGUCGGGUUUUUGAAAAGAAAAUCCAAUCAGCAGAAAAGGCAGUCGAGCAGUGGUGGCGAUGAAGUUUCGGUAAUGCCAACACUUGAUAACAACGAGGCUUGGACCGAGUCGCGAGACGAUGGCAAGACUGCAAGUGGGGACUUGUCGCUCAAUCGUGGAACAGCGAAUCAAAACUACCAAGUCGAGGAUAUGCUCAGGAUAAACACUAGUAUGCAACUGUCGCAGCAAGCCAACUAUGAUUUCCUGGCCAGCACUACCACUAAACGCCGGAGAACGGAUGACGAUGUGGAAACCCUCAAUACCGGCGGAGCCCCUUCAACUACCUGGGACAGUUAUGGUUUCUAUCCUUUUACGGGGACGAUGGAACCGUCCGAUAUCGAGUUGCCCCCUAAUCCUUUCGCGGAUACCACACCAAGUCAAAUUGGUACGGCUCCAAAUGCCUCACUUGCAGACAACGAAGUUGACAAUCUACUCGGGAACAGGAUCCACAACGGUCCCCAAGCAAACGCGCAAUACCUCCACAGUAUGAAGAAUCGCAAUCUUCAGGACCUCUCGCAAGCAAGACCUCUUUCCCUCACUCAUCCGCCGCCAAACAAUCCCAUCUCCAACUCGCACUAUCUCCAAGCUCUACGCGACCGUUUUGAAGGGCGGAAAAAUAGUCACGAUGCGCUGGAAAAGUCCAACAAUCCUCUUGCAAAUAUGCAAUUCUUGCACGGAACCGGAGGAGGGCCAUCUGAUGAUGGUUCAGUACCGGGUGCUAGCCAACACCAAGCUCACAGUCAUGCAACUCAGAUGCAACGACCGCAACAACAGUUCCAGCAAGCAGCAGCAAAUACGCAGUACCUAAGUCAACUUGCAUCUCCCGGGACGCAACAGCAACAGCAUCCACAGUACAGUUCUGAAUGGUUCAGUCAAUUACCACCACAUGCUCAGCAACAUGCUCGUGCGCAAAUGGCAUUGGAAGCGCAACGAAAACAAAAGGCUUACGCCAAUACGCCGUUUAUGAACCAAUCACCAUCAACUGGGAUUGUACUGGCUCCCCAACCAGUCCUCCAACAAGCGCCUGCCAAUACACAAUUUCUGAGUCACAUCCCUAAAUCUACGAUGCAUAAUGUGCAAUCACCUGAAAGCAACACAAUAACACAGCCGAAUGAACUUCAUCAACCCAAACAGUCAUGGACGCAAAACGCACAGUUCUUAGGCCAUAUAGACUCACAGCAGCAACAACCCCAAGCGUUUCGAACAAGUCAACCUAACCAUGUAUUCGAUGAGACAGCAUCGCUAUCAUUUAAUCAACCAGAACCCUACCUAUUCAACGAUAUGGCCAGUCAGGGAAAUAUAGGGCAGACACAGUCGAAUCCUGCCAGUUCGCAAUCUAUUGACCAGAUGCAAGUCGCCCAAGCGCAAGGUACACGACCUGCUGAACAGCGCCAGCAAAGCAACCCCAAGGAGUCCCCGGAGAAUUCGAUGGCCGAGAGACGCAAAAAAGGAAACAAAAUGGCGUUAACACACUAUCUCAAGAAGAAACAAGCGUCAUCUAACAACAAAGCUGGAGGUGCUCGGCCCGGUUCGGUGACAGCGCGAAAAGCGGCCUCUUCAUCGAAAUCACCAGCAGCAGUCCAGUCGACUUUUCGAUAUACGCCAUUCCCAGAGAGCCCUAAUUUCAUACGCCUCCUGUCAUUCGAGAUGGCCCCUUCCCCCGCUGCUGGGGAUGGAAAUGACCUCUUUUGCACAUUGGCAAUCCAGAACCCCUGGAAAAACCAUAUAGACUACCACUGUCUGUCUUAUUGCUGGGGCGGCGAAGAGAAGACGCACAGAAUUCAUAUAGCGAAUUCGCAAGACAAGUCGACGUAUAGCACAAUUCCCAUUACUAACAACCUCUAUCGCGCAUUAAAGCAAAUAAGACAUUCUCAGGGAUUCCAACACCUGUGGGUUGACGCCCUUUGCAUCAACCAAGAUGAUGCCAAGGAACGCUCGGCGCAGGUGGCCAUGAUGAGGAGAAUCUAUAGUCAAUCUUCAGGGGUAAUGAUCUGGCUUGGAGAAGGCGAGUCGGAGCAGUUCGCGCAGUCAUGCACCGAGAUCAUCGACACCAUGUCGACUCGAUUUACGUCAGCCACUGGAGUUCCCCACGACUCUAUCAUAGGAUCUCAGGGCUUGACGCUGAAUCUCCAACAGCUGGAGGCGCUUCGCGUAGAUGCUACGAGCUUACCUGCUCGCUAUGACAUUUACACACAGAUUUCUCGCUUCUUCAUGUUGCCAUGGUUCCGUCGCGUUUGGGUGCUUCAGGAGGCUUUUGCGAACACUACGGUUCUUGCUUGGUUUGGUUCUCGACACUUGUAUUGGGGCCAAAUCAUUCUUGCGGCUCUGUGGCAUUCGUUCCUCAUCCGCGACUUCAUCUCCAAGCCGGAGGUGGACGAGCAACGGGACGUCCAGGGGUACCUUCCAGAACUAUGGCUUGGUCUGGUACACAACAGAGUGCCGCGCGGUCUGUCGAUGAUCGAACUGGUCUGCCGCGCGCGAGACUUCCAGGCCACCGACCCUCGAGACAAGGUAUUCGCGCUGAUAGGCCUCGCGAACGACUCCCCAGCUAUACGUCCAGACUACACAAAGACCAAAAUACAUGUCUACACCGAUUUCGCGAGGACAAUCAUAUCGCAGACGGGGAACCUCGAUAUCCUUUCCGCCGUCGACACCUUCACGUCUCGAUCUAACCCCCGCACCACGCCCUCAUGGAUGCCAGACCUCGACGUCUCCAUCGCCACCAUCCGCGGCCUAGGCUUCCCACGCAAAUACAACGCAUCCUUCUCCACCACCGCGACGCUCCACCAUGCGCACGCAGCGAACCCUCCUCCAGACCCCACCGUCCCCCCACAACCCCUGCGCCUCACGGGCUUCGAAAUCGACGUCCUCACCCCAACAAUCUCUCCGCUCCUCUCCCUAUCCAAAGACCUCCGCCUCUACAUCGGCCCCUCCCCCACAGCAAUCUCCACAAUCUGGCAAUCCUACAUAAGACGGCAACGCGGGUUCCGCGCGCAGCACCCCGGCGCAACGCUCAAGGCCUUUGUCCGCACCCUCACCGCCACGGGCUUCGCCCUCCCGACCUCGUUCCCCGCACACCCUCUGGGCUCCGUCGUCCCCGCCGAACACGCCCCCUCGCUGCACCGCGAUUUCCUCGCUUUCUACCUCCGCGCCGAUCCAGAACUCGCCGUUUUGCAGGACGUGCCUGGGUUCGAGAGUAAGGAGUUUGUGGGGACGCUGGCGGGCGGUGGCGACGCGGACCAGUUCGCUGUGUUGGCUGGUAAGGCUUGCGACGAGCGCGUCUUUGUUGUCACGCGGGCCGGUAGGCUUGGGUUGUGUCCGAGGGAUGCUAGGGCUGGCGAUAGAGUCGUCGUGCUUUAUGGGGGGAGUGUGCCCUAUGUGGUCAGGCCGCUGCAGGACGGCACGUGGGUUUUUGUAGGCGAGUGCUAUGUCGAUGGCAUCAUGUUUGGGGAGGCUCAGAACCUGAAAACGCAGAUGGGGAUUCAGGAUUGGGUUUUUGAUAUUUGUUGA